AUGAAUACUCUUAGACGUGAAGUGAAUGAUAUAAAUGGUGAAAUGAAUGAUCUUAGUCGUGUAGUGAAUGAUCUUAGACGUGAAGUGAAUGAUCUUAGUCGUGAAGUGAAUGAUCUAAGACGUGAAGUGAAUGAUCUUAGAUGUGAAGUGAAUGCUCUUAGACGUGAAGUGAAUUCUCUUAGACGUGAAGUGAAUGAACUUAGACGUGAAGUGAAUAUUCUAAGACGUGAAGUAAAUGCUCUUAGACGUGAAGUGAAUGAUCUAAGACGUGAAGUGAAUUCUCUUAGACGUAAAAAGAAUGCUCUAAGACGUGAAUCGGAAGUGAAUGAUCUAAGACGUGAAGUGAAUGCUCUUAGACGUAAAGUGAAUGCUCUUAAACGUGAAGUGAAUGCUCUUAGUCGCGAAGUGAAUGAUCUUAGUCGUGAAGUGAAUGAUCUUAGUCGUGAAGUGAAUGAUCUUAGUCGUGAAGUGAAUGAUCUUAGUCGUGAAGUGAAUGAUCUUAGUCGUGAAGUGAAUUAUCUUAGUCGUGAAGUGAAUGCUCUUAGAAGUGAAGUGAAUGCUCUUAGACGUGAAGUGAAUGAUCUUAGACGCGAAGUGAAUGAUCUUAGACAUGAAGUGAAUGCUCUUAGGCGUGAAAUGAAUGUUCUUAGACGUGAAGUGAAUGAUCUUAGUCGUGAAGUGAAUGCUCUUAGACGUGAAGUGAAUGCUCUUAGACGUGAAAUGAAUUAUCUUAGACGUGAAGUGAAUGCUCUAAGACGUGAAGUGAAUGCUCUUAGUCGUGAAGUGAAUUAUCUAAGACGUGAAGUGAAUGCUAGAUAA